AUUUUCGUACCGCGAGAGGCGUCGCCAGGAUCAGUUUACACGAGAGACACACGUCAUGGGGGAGAGAGAGAGAGAGAGGAUGCUGAAAUACUGAAGCCUGUGCCCUGGAUCACAGUCAGUCUUAAAGAUCCUGGAAAUGUGCAGGUUUAUCUGUCAUGGAUGCAAAUAUGAUACCAAAAUUCACCUCCAAAGACGAGGAAAUUGACUUCUGGAAAGCUCUUUCACUCAAGUACAAGAAAAGUUAUAAGGAGGCACAGGAGGAGUUGCUGGAGUUCCAAGAGGGGAGCAGAGAGCUUGAGACAGAACUGGAGACACAACUGGGCCAAGCGGAGCAUCGUAUCAGAGACCUGCAGGCGGACAACGAGAGACUGCAGCAUGAGCUAGGCUCGCUCAAGGAGAAGCUGGAGUAUCAGUAUGCUCAGAGCUAUAAGCAGAUCUCCAUGCUGGAGGAUGACCUCGGCCAGACUCGAGGCAUCAAGGAGCAGCUGCAUAAAUAUGUCAGAGAGCUAGAGCAGGCCAAUGAUGACCUGGAGAGAGCUAAGAGAGCCACGAUUACAUCUCUGGAGGAUUUUGAGCAGAGGCUGAACCAGGCCAUCGAGAGGAACGCCUUUCUGGAGAGUGAACUGGAUGAGAAGGAGUCUCUCCUGGUGUCUGUGCAGAGACUAAAAGAUGAAGCUAGAGAUUUACGGCAAGAGCUUGCCGUGCGAGAGAUUCGGCCUGAGGUCACACGAAUGUCGGCCCCCAGCUCUCCAACUCCAGACAAUGACAAAACAGACUCAGCAGUCCAGGCCUCCCUGUCUCUGCCGGCUACACCGCUCAGCAAGAUCCUGGACAACACUUUCACCAGCCAGACAGCUCUGGCAAACAGCUCCACUAAUGCAGCCCUCACUCCAUCUGCUAGAAUAUCAGCACUCAAUAUUGUUGGGGAUCUACUGCGCAAAGUUGGGGCUUUAGAGUCUAAGCUCGCAGCCUGUCGAAAUUUUGCCAAGGACCAGGCAGCCAGAAAGAACUAUGUCACAAACAUCAACGGCAAUCUGAUUAACGGAGACAUUUCAAAUUACUCUCUCUCUCUCCACACAUCCUACUUUGACAAAGCCAGGACAGUGAACGGUUUGGACCCCGGCGCCAUGACGAACAUCACAGCUCCGCCACGCUCCAACUCUCCAUCCAGCCUGGUGCUCAGCGUGUGACUCUCAAACACACAUUAACUCCAUUAUAACCACUUUACAGCAAUAUAGCAAUUCUUUUUAAUACACUACUGAAUCAGAGUUGAGAUUAUCCAGUGGGUUACACCGCGGUUAGUAAUGGUAGCCCAACUGCAGCAGCACCUCAUACUAGUCUCUACGUUGCAAUAUCCUACAUUUUACUACUGAAGUACUUGUUUAUAGUUGCUAAAAAAUUUAUAAACCCAUCUAAUAUAUUUAUGGUUACUGUUCAUUUAGAUAUAAGCCUAUUUAAUUUAGUUUGCUCUGGUCUUUGCAAAUUUGAUGUCUUUUACCACGGUCCAAAAAUGUAUUUAUUGCUAUAGUGUUGGAUGGAAAUGUAUGUGAAAGCUGAAAACAAAGGGAUUUUACAUUAUUAAUAUAUGUUGUGCAACACAUGCAGUGUUUGUAUACAAGAAGGUAGACCUGAUAUAUAUAUAUAUAUAUAUAUAUAUAUAUAUAUAUAUAUAUAUAUAUAUAUAUAUAUAUAUAUAUAUAUAUAUAUAUAUAUAUAAAGAUGAACGGUCAAGAUCUGACUAUCUAGACUUUCAUGUGCACUUGUAUGUCAUGGAAACCGGUUUCUAUUUGUAUGUGUGUUUUUUUCUUAUUUCUCAGUAGGAUCUAUAGUAAGUGCUUAUGCGUGCAUCUGAUGGGUAAACUUCCCCUAUUUUUGUCCCCUGAUACGUGGCCUGGUGUAAGUGUGAAAAAUCUGGAGUUUUGUUUUGGCUCCAGCAGGUUUGCAUUUUAAACACUGGUUCUGUCAUGCUGACAAUCGACUGCUGUAGUAAUAAUGUAUGACGCAUUUGCUAUUGAGUCUCAGGUUGGUUUCCCAGCCUCAUAGUAUUUGUUGGAUUAUACAUACCUUAUUUUUUCUCCUUGUUGUGAAUGACAAAUCUUGUUCAUUUUGGUUUGAAUAGUGAAAUGUGUUCUAAAAGCACUUUUUGUUACUUUUGUGUGCUCAAAUAAAUGGUAGUGUUCUCA